ACUCAGCUGGCUGCGUCUUUUUUUUUUUGGAAAAAAAUAAAAGGAAAACACCAUCACGAAAUGGAUAGCAGCUUCAAUGUACGUCGGAAUAAGCAGCAAGGAUGCCAGAGGAUAUCCGGUUCUUCCAUCGCACCGGACAGGCUUUCCCGGUAUCUAAAAGAAGAAUUCAAUCACCAACAAUUUGAGUUCGAGUCAAGAAAAAACUCCUAUGUAAUUCGUGCUCCGCGUGACCUCUCACCAGAUGAGAUCCAAAGACUCCGUACAAGUCGCAUGUAGGAUGAAGAAAACCAGCGGCAGAGCGAAAAUGUACAUGUAACAUUUGCUGCUCAAAUCUUUUUGGGUGAAGCACGACGGCGUUGAAAAUCACAGCAUAGCCUCGGGGUUCGGAAGGAUUGCAAUCGUUUGGCACAUCAAUGCUUUGAAGAUAUUCAUGAGGAUUUGGAAUUUUGGGACUUCAAUUCUUGUACUUUGAUUUAGUAGACCACAACACACUCGUUCACUCCGAUUUGGGGCGUAACUAUGUCAAGAACAUCGAGCAGUAGGC